AUGUUUCGACCCUCAAUAGCCUCAAACAAGGUCACGUCGAGUGCACCGCCCACAACCGCACCGCAUACGCCAUUCAAGCCAACGGAUCCGGUCACAACACAGCCACCAAGAACCACUGCUCAACCGACUGACACAACGGCAACACCACAACCACCUGGCAAUGAUGGCGAUGAUGACGACGAUGACAACGCACGUGUGGAUGACGACGAUGUUGCAGUGAACAAGCCAAACCGAGGAAGCCGCUUGUCGUCGACAGCCACGACCAUCGUCAUUGGGCUGGCUGCAGGCUCUGUCCUCAUCGCAGUGGUCAUCCUGACCCUCUUCAAGAUGCGAAAGCGCCCACAAGGACACCACAGCUUCGACAACGAUAUGCUGGACCUUGAUGACUUGAGCCACCUCUCGAACGAUGACAAGUCUUCAUUGUACGCAGACAUCUCUCCUGGGACCAAUAGCGCCAGUGAUGCCGACGAUAUGGAGGGCAUGCCACCCUUUGUUGCUGAUGGCGCGUUUGAGGAAUCGGCUUUUGUUGCCGCCGGUGGCGUGCCAUUCAUGCCCAACCCGCACCACGACGUCUUUGCGGUACAGCAUGACCAGCAAGCAAACCCAGAAAUGAUGGUGACCUCUGGGUCAUGGCAACAGUUCAGUCAAUCGUAUGCGAUGCAAGCGUCUAAACCCGACCACCCCAAUGCCCCAACGCGCAACCCCUUCACCUCCGCCACUCCGCUGGAGCACCACCAUCAAUACAACCAUCAUGCAGUGCUCCAGCACCGCAGCAUUGAAAGCGGCGUGUCUGGCGCGGCGUUCCCGCCACUUCUGGUGUCAGUGUGCUCUGGAGAUGCGGUGACCGUGCAGGCACUGCUGCAACAAGGCGCCGAUCCAAACGUGCGCACGCCAGAUGGCAUACCGGCCUUGCACAUUGCAGUGUCUCUUCAAGCCACAGGCACUGCUCAGGCAUUGCUGACCAAUGGUGCCAACCCCAAUCUACUGUCCUCUGAGGGCCACUCUCCAUUCACGUUAGCAGUUGCGGGCGGCGACACGGGCAUGGUAUCUGUGCUGCUGCAGUACCAAGUCGACGUCAACGCGCCAGACGCACACGGCAUGGCCCCACUUCUCAUUGCGGCAUCGCACGGCAACGAAGAGCUGGUGCAGCUGCUGCUUACACACCCGAGCAUCGACCCCACCAUCAAGGACACGCGAGGCAUGACGGCACUUCACUGGGCGGUGUGUUGAUGUUCGUGCGCUGUCGCCUUGACGUUGUUGCGCAGUGUAUCUGAGUGUGAACGAGUUCUGACGCCGUGGAAAUCGCGUUGCAACCACAUCCCUGC